AUGGAAGGCAAGAAUCCUCACCCAGGCGUAGUCGAGACUCUCGACGUCGAGGAAGGGUUUAGCAAGCCCGCCGUCUGGACGGACGGUGACGGUCAAAAUGCCGGUGUAGCUCGCAUCGAAGCCAUGAAGAUCGUCCAGGGAAGGACUGGACGCUGGGCUAUGUGGAUCGGCGUUGUGGUUAUGCUUACCUACUAUCAAUUCGACAACGCUCUGCUGUACAACUACCGCACAUACGCGGCAUCCACAUUCAAUCAAAUCUCGCUCAUAGCGACCCUAAACACCGCUGCAACAAUCGUCUUUGCCGUGACCAAACCACCCAUAGCCAAACUCUCCAACGUCUUCGGCCGUGGCGAGACGUAUCUCUUCUGCGCCCUCUGCUACAUCAUCGGCUACAUAAUGUGCGCUUCGUCCAGCAGCUUCGGUGUUUACGCCGGAUCAGUCAUCAUCUCCCAAGUCGGCCAGACGGGUUUCAACAUCCUCAACGACACUAUCAUUGCGGACAUCACGAGCAUGCGCAAGCGUGCUCUGGCCCUGUCGCUCAUCUUCACCCCGUUUCUGAUCACGCCUUGGAUCAGCGGGAUUAUCGUCCAGGAUGUCGUGCGGCCUGGCGGGAUUGGUUGGCGAUGGGGCGUUGGCAUGUUUGCGAUUAUCCUCCCGGUUUGUGUUCCAAUCCUCGUCGGUCCGAUGCUGUAUUAUCAACGCAAGGCUCGGAAAAAAAAUAUUGUCCUGACGGAGAAGAUGACGCCGCUGCAGCUGGCCUCUCAGAUCGACCUGGUCGGUUCAUUCCUCCUCGUCGCUGGCUUUGGCAUGUUCCUCAUCCCGUUCUCGCUGGCGGGAAGCACGCCGUCUAAAUGGAGCACUGGCUGGAUCAUCGCCUUGAUAGUCCUGGGUGCCGCUUGCAUUGGACUGCUUCUGGUCUAUGAAGGCAAGGUCGCUGCACACCCUAUCCUCCCGCCACGCUACUUCACAAGCUUGACCAUCAUCAUCUGCAGUGUUAUCGGGGGUCUGGAUGCAUUCGGUGUGGGAGUGACCCAUACGUACCUCUACACGUGGGCAACGGUCGCUCGAGGCUUUGGUCCGCGAGACGCCACCUACUUCACGUACGUCAAUGGAGUCGUGUCCGCAUUCGUCUCGAUCAUCGGCGGCCUCAUAGUCAUGAAGUAUCGACGAUACAAGUGGCUGCUCGUCCUUGGAAGUGGCGUCCGAUUGAUCGGGUACGGCCUGAUGAUCCGACUACGAGGAGCCAACAACUCAGUCGUCGAGCUAUACAUCGUGCAAGCCGUCCAAGGAGCCGGCAGCGGCCUCAUCGAUAUCCUCAUCGUCGUUGCCGCGCAGAUUGUCGUUCCCCAUGCCGAGCUGGCGCAGGUGACCUCGUUCGUCCUCCUGCUCAGCUUCAUAGGAUCGUCCAUCAGCUCGGCGGUGGCGGGCGGCAUCUACUCUGGCACUUUCAAAUCGGCGCUGCGGAACCACCUUGGUCCAUCCGUGUCGGAAAGUACUAUUGACCAGAUCUUCAACUCCAUCACCCAAGGCAUCCCCCCUGCGGGGUCCACCGAGAGACAGCAAGUAUCUGCCGCGUACUCGGACGUCCUACGGUACAUGACCUACGCCGCGUUAGGAGUUGCCGUGUUGAUUUUCGUGUUGUCUUUCUUCGUUCCCAGCCAUGAGCUCAAAGACGGGCACAAUCUGGCAGAUGAUGAUGACGCGAUGGCAAAGGAGCAUGUCACCCAUGCCGUCAAGUAG